AUGUGUUCUUUAACUUUCAGCAUCGCGCUGCUGGUGGUCGUUGGGGCGACCUGGCACUCCGGAGAAGCGGCAACAACAACACCAUCAUCGGCAAACUGUACAACCAGUACCUUCGAUGGAGCACUGUGGGAAUGUGCCAGCCAGCUCGGAAUCUCGGCGGAACGGGUACGCACAGAGAACCACAAUCUGUUGCUCUAUACGGCUGAUCCGGAAACGGCUUGUCUGGCGCGUUGCAUCGGACUGUUGCUCCGUUUCUGGGAUGACGAAACUGGUCUGCGUGAGUCCACCAUUCGUCAGUACUAUCGGCCAGAUCCGGAAGAUCAUUGUUAUCGCAACCGUACUCAGCGUUGUCUGCGGACUUACGAGAAGGACACCACGCUGAAGGAUGUCUGCGAGAGAGCUCAGCGAGCGUUCCUGUGUUACCAUCAGCAGUACGGAUAUCUGCAGCAGGAAGAGCGCUUCAUUCCACUGACCGGUCACGAGAUGCGUCAGGUACAACAGGACUGUCUGGAUAUUUUGGGUCUUGCUCCGUCUCGGUUGACUCAGUACACCGAGGGUUACUUCCCGGACGAUCCGGAGACGCAUUGCUUCGUGCGGUGUGUUGGUUUGCGCACUAGACUCUACAACGAUCGUACCGGUCCGGAAGUUGAUCGAUUGUACAUUCAGUGUGAUUCGUGUGUCGAUGAACAUGCGUUUAAGGAACGUGCCAACGCGUGUAUUGCUUCACAGCGUCUGGAAAAGCGCAGCAAAUGCAGCACCGCAUACCGUACGCUGUACCAUUGCUUCCGCGAUGAUCAGCUGGAGCUGUAUGCAGAUCAACGGAAUGUCCAAGGAACGACACAGAAACCCAUUCCUGCGUCCCGCUCACCGGUAUUCUAUCCAACCAAGGUGCCAGUGACAGCUGGUUCGUCCAACAAGCUUGUACCAUUGGCACCGCAGCGUACUAACAAGAAAGAGAUCGUCUUCAAGAUGAUCUUCCCGAUGCUGGACCAUCAUACCGAGCAGAAGCGACAACGCUAUUGA